AUGAGCGUUAAAGGUAGAAGUAAGGAACCACAUUUGGAACUUGCGAAUCCUGUUCAUAGUCACGAGCGCAGUCACGAGCGCAGUCACAUUUUGCAUAACCAAUCAGGUUCUUUAGAAGGCAUGGCACAGCAUGCGUUUCUCCAAGCUUCGCAUUCUAGUCGCUCAGGUUUUAAUAUUGAUGACGAAGAACACAAUCUAGAAUUGGAAUUACACCGAUUUUUAUCGCAACACACUAUUGGAUCAGGUGGGGGGAAUAAUGGGAGUGGUAAUCUCUCAAACCUUGGAUCAAUUACAGGUACCACCCCUGAGGUUUCCAACACCAUUAUAGAGCAUAGAGAUGAAAUGGCCGAAGCUAUUGAGAAAGCCAUGGCUGAGAUAGCAUGUCCAGAGCUUUGGAACCAAGAUCAUUCGAAUACAGAACAUUCUGCAGGAAGUGAAGUACAUUUGGACCAAUUGACGAUGGAUGGUAUAUUAGGUAACGAUGAGCCUUUUGUUACCAUAAAUCAUACGAUGAAUGAAACGCACGCCGCUGGCGUGGAUGAUAAACACCAUCACCCAACUCCAACCUCUUUGGUUCCAGGGAUUGGCCCCAAACCAAUCAUACAACAAUCAAUGAAUAUGAACGCACGUCUAGGGACCGAUACUCCACGUUCUAUCGACAUUAGUAUGGAAGGACACAAUACUCAUACUAUUUCAACACCUAAUGACAAGCGAAAGCAAAGCUCUGAUGCACCUCUCCAGGCCGCCCCAAAGAAGGUAAAGUUGUUCUAUGAUACCCUAUCACCAGAGUCACUAUCCCCGUUAUCUGAUAAUAGUGACUUAUUGAAAACGACAGACAGCAAAGGAUCACGUACUCGGCAUGUACAAUUGAACUCUGAAGCCAGGGGGUCCGCUGCCACAUCUAAAGAUGGUGGUUCUAAAUGCAAUAACUCAUUAACUGUUACUACUCCAAGAAUAGACAUUAAUACUGUAACCCCUAAAACGAAACCACUUCCAUCAUUAUCAGUAUCACCGUCUUCACACGUCAGCCCAGGGAAAUUAACAGAUGAAUUUACUAUGCAGCAAGUCACAGAAACGAAGAAAAGGAUCAUCAACACCCACAAACUGAUCUUGAAUUUCAACUUUUUAAAAGAUAGUUACACAAGAUCAUGCACAGAGUUAAAGAGAACAAUGUUUAAGUUAAAGGAAUCUGAAUCACACAGGGCUGGAUUGGUAAAAGAAAAUGAACAAUUGAAGAGGUUAGUACUAGAACUUAGUGAAAGGUUAGAAAGUUCAAAUGAAACGUAG